GGAUGGGAAUGCAGGCCAUGGCAUGCAAGGGCAGGCCUGACUUCCCACACAUGCUGUUUUCCUGACCACAAUCCUCACCCCCGGCUAUUUGCUCCCAAAGUAUCUGGGUGGCAGUAACUUGGGGUGAGAAAAAGGCACAGGAGGAAGGGUCACUUGUCGUCAUCGUCCCCGUCCCACCAGUGCCAGUUCCUGUUUUUAUUUUAAAAUGGAAGACAAGCCCACACAAUAAUCAUAGUUGACAUGCUGUCUAUUCUGUGUAUAAGAGUUUCUGCAUCCUGUUUUUUACUAUUAUUUUCUUCUGAUCUCGGAGUAAACUUUGGGUAGAAAACAAGGGUUUUUUUUAUCGAGGGGAAUGUUAACUAUUUUCCUUCCAAUUCUCUGCAUUUGUGUUAGCAGCUUUGAUUUGGGAGCCCUGCAUUUUAGUAUCUUCUGGUUAUCUAAACCGACUUUUCCGAUAUCUGCAUUCAGGCCUGUAUUGUUAAGCCCAGCAACUGCAUUUCUUCAAUACUCUGCAUAUGGUUCAUUAAUAAUAGCACCUUCAGUGGGACUUAAACCUUUGAUUGUCUUAUCUUUGUGUACGUUGAGGUUAGGGAACUUUGCAUCUUCGUGAUUGCACAAGUUGUUAAUUAUGUCAUCUCUGAUGUAGUAUAAGAGUGGCACAAGUUCUUCCACCAUUGCAUUAGCAGAUAUGGCACUGGUGUACAAGGUGUGUUUGGUUUUUCUGUUUCCUUUGCCUUGCUUUGGAGUAGGCUGGGAUCUUACUCAGAAAUUUAUUUUAGUCGCUGGCCCUCUUAGCGAUGACUUAGUAAGUAAUUUAAACUUCCAAAGUGGACUUCUAAGAGAACCUCUCAGUUCUGCAACGGGACAGUCAAACUACCUUUGCGAUGAGUCUUCCUUACCUUCUCUGCCGCCGUACUUCGCUGAGCUCCGUUCAAGUGGCGUGACCCAUUUUAAAGUCUUCUUGCCUUGGACUCGCAUCCUCCCAGAGGCAAAUGCCCGAAACCCCAACUGGACGAACGUUGAAUGCUACAGACAACUUCUGAGAACUCUCAAGGCAGCUGACAUUGAACCGGUUUUAAUUCUACAUCAGAAACGUUUGCCGAAGUCUUUGGAGACCCGGCUUGCUUUGAGCAAAUCUGUGACUUUCACCGGCCUUUUUGUGGAAUAUGCAGAAUUUUCCUUUGCAUCUUUUGGCGACUUGGUGGACACCUGGCUCACUUUUGGCAGCCUGCCUGAGGACGUGGAGCGCUUGCCUCAUGGAGAUCCGCUGGCCCUCCCUUUGCAGGUGCUAGCUUCAGCACAUGAGAAAGCUUAUGGAAUCUACCAUGAAAAAUACUCAGCAGAAGAUGGGAAAGUGUCCAUUUCACUAGAUGUUAGUGAUGCUGGGCUGGUGUCAGCAAGAUCUUUGUUGACUUCAAUUCUGGGCUCUCUGGACUUUCUCUCUCUCAACCUUCAGUACAACUGUGAAAGGGAAGCAGCUUUCCAAAAGUUCCUGGAUGAGCUACAGCAUAUGGGGACGAACAAUAUGGGUAUUUUGCUCUUUAGUCUCAAGUUCCACGAGUGUUCCUCCUUGCAAGAAAACCGAUUUGCAACAGUGGCUUCCAUUUUCAGUGCCAUUUCUGAAGUUCAAGCAUGGGCAAUAGGGUAUGAUGUGAAUUGCGUCAUGAACAGCUCGUCCGUUCAAGCAAUUUGCUUGUACACAGGAAAUCUGGCCGGCCAACCAAAGGCAAAGGAAACCCUGAUACCUACUAUUGCUCCACUUUCAUCCUAUCAAGCAGUUUGGGAAAGAUUUGCCAGCCAACCUGAGCUGGAGAGAGACUCCUUUUUGCUUGACCUUUUCCCUCGCGGUUUUCUUUGGGGCACAUCAACAGGUUCCUUCAAUGUGGAAGGAGCCUGGAGAGAGGGUGGGAAAGGGGAGAGCAUUUGGGAUCAAUACGGGCACCAGGGCCAUGCCCACAUGAAUCAAACAGCCGAUGUCGCCUGCGAUAGCUACCACAAGCUAGAUUAUGACGUUUAUCUCCUUAGAGGCCUUCGCCCAAAUAUUUAUAAAUUUUCUAUAUCCUGGCCUAGGGUUUUUGCCAAUGGGAGUAAGAGCAGCUUGAACCCUCAAGGCGUAGAUUACUACAACAAACUGAUAGACAGCUUGCUGGAUUCAAAUAUUGAGCCCGUGGUUACCUUGUUCCACUGGGACCUGCCACGAGCUCUGCAGGAUCUUGGUGGCUGGCAAAACGAGAGCAUCGUCACUGCCUUUGCAGAAUAUGCAGAGUUCUGCUUUGCUACUUUUGGGGAUCGUGUUAAAUUCUGGAUUACCUUCCACGAACCCUGGGUCAUUAGCUACGCUGGCUAUGGCACUGGGCAGCAUCCUCCAGGAAUUACUGAUGCAGCCGUGGCAUCCUAUCAGGUGGCUCAUGUUAUUCUCAAAGCUCAUUCUCGAGCCUGGCACGUUUAUGAUACCCAGUACCGCCCUGAACAGCAUGGGAAGGUGGGAAUAGUAUUGAAUUCAGACUGGGCUGAACCCAAGACCCCAAGCAGUGCUGAGGAUGUGAGAGCGGCAGAACGCUACUUGCACUUCAUGUUGGGCUGGUUUGCUCACCCGAUAUUCGUCAACGGCGAUUACCCAGAAGUCCUGAAAUCCCAGAUCCAGGAGAAGAACCAGCAGUGCUCAACUCCCGUCGCCAAGCUCCCCACAUUCACCAAUGAGGAGAAGCAGCAAGUGAAGGGGACGGCUGACUUCUUUGGCCUUUCCCACUACAAUUCCAGGCUCAUCAGUGCUCCAGUGAAUCAUAGCUGCGCUCCAACCUAUGAGGAUAUCGGAGACUUUUCCCAACACGUGGAUCCUUCUUGGCCACAGACGGCCGCACCUUGGCUCUACGCUGUGCCUUGGGGGCUGAGGAGACUGCUGCUGUUUGUGUCCAAAGAAUAUACUGGGACAACAAGGGUUCCGAUUUAUAUAGCCGACAAUGGGGUGCCCACAGAUGACGGAGGCGAUCUUGUUAAUGACACCGUGAGAGUGGAUUACUACCGGCUUUAUAUCAACGAGGCUUUGAAAGCUAUAAAGCAAGAUGAAGUUGAUGUUCAAGCAUACAUUGCCCGAUCAUUGAUUGAUGGCUUUGAAGGCCCAGCAGGUUACAGUCAAAGGUUUGGCCUACACCAAGUGAAUUUUGAAGAUGCAAACAGACAAAGGACACCCAAAGAAUCUGCCUAUUUCUUCUCCACCAUUAUUGAAAAUAAUGGAUUUCCUAGCACGGUCUCAAGAAAAUUUCUCCAGCUGCUCAGAAAGGAUGUUUCCAUACCUCCACGGCUGCCUAGUUUACCAGCUUCUGAAGUUCCUUCAAAGGCAAAGGUGGUUUGGGAGAAAUUUUCAAAACAGACUGAUUUGGAAAGAGACACGUAUUUUUAUGGCACCUUCCCAGAAGAUUUUCUGUGGGGUGUUUCUACUGCUGCCUACCAAACUGAAGGAGGUUGGGAUGCAGAUGGGAAGGGACCUAGCAUCUGGGAUAAUUUUACCCACAUUCCAGGGAAUGUUAAGAACAAUGAUACAGGAGAUAUAGCUUGCGACAGCUACAAUAAAGUAGAUGAAGAUCUUUAUCUGCUGAGAGCCUUAAGGGUAAACACCUAUCGCUUCUCCCUGGCGUGGCCUCGGAUCUUUCCAAAUGGAAGAAACCAUUCUAUAAAUAACUAUGGUGUCAGUUAUUACAACCGGCUGAUUGAUGGUUUGCUGGCCCAGAACAUCACACCAAUGGUCACUCUCCACCACUGGGAUCUGCCCCAAGCUCUACAAGACAUUGGUGGCUGGGAAAACCCUGUGAUGGUUGAACUGUUUGAUAGUUUUGCAGACUUUUGUUUUCAGGCAUUUGGAGACAGGGUCAAGUUCUGGAUUACUUUCAACGAACCUAUUGCCAUCUCUGUGCUAGGCUACGAUACGGGAUUAUUCCCACCAAAUGUAAAAGAUAACCCGGGCAAUGCAUCCUACAGUGUUACUCAUGCAAUACUAAAGGCCCAUGCAAGAGUUUACCACACCUAUGACCAGAAAUACAGAGAGAGUCAGAAAGGUGUGAUCUCUCUGAGUCUCAACAUGGAUUGGGUUGAGCCAAAGACACUAAACGAUCCUCGGGAUGUAGAAGCUGCUGAUCGCUACCUGCAGUUCAUGGGAGGGUGGUUUGCACACCCAAUUUUUAAGAACGGCGAUUACCCAGAUGCAAUGAAGUGGAAAGUAGGGAACAGGAGUGAACUACAGAAACUACCAUCUUCCCGGCUUCCAGGUUUCACACAAGAAGAGAAAGACUAUAUCAGGGGCACAGCCGAUGUCUUCUGCCUGAAUUAUUACACUGCCGGAAUUAUAAAGCACAGCACCACCAGGCUGAAACCAUAUUCUUACGAGUAUGAUCAAGAACGAGUAUUGGAGAUUGACCCUUCUUGGCCUAGCUCAGCAAUGGAAAAUAUGCGGGCAGUGCCCUGGGGGCUGCGUAGGCUGCUAAACUGGAUCAAAGAGGAAUAUAGCAAUCCUCCCAUUUACAUUACUGAGAACGGGGUUGGGCUAAAAGCCAAGUCUGAUGUUGAUGACACCAGCAGGAUCUUCUAUUACAAAACACACAUUGAUGAAGUUUUGAAAGCCUACAAGCUGGACGGCGUGAACGUUCGUGGCUAUGUUGCUUGGUCUUUCAUGGAUAGUUUUGAAUGGUUAAAUGGUUACGAGCCAAGAUUCGGCCUUCACCAGGUUGAUUUUGAAAAUCCGAACAGGCCAAGAACUCCAAAACGUUCAGCGAUAUAUUACGCUGGAAUCAUACGUCAAAAUGGAAUCCCUCUGGCAAAAGAGGAAGAAUUCCUUUAUGGAGAAUUUCCGGAGAACUUUUAUUGGAGUGUGGCAUCAGCAGCAUAUCAGAUCGAAGGGGCAUGGAGAGCAGAUGGGAAAGGUCUCAGCAUUUGGGACCAGUUUGCACAUACGCCUUUGAAAAUCAGCAACGAUGAAAAUGGAGAUGUAGCUUGCGACAGCUACCACAAGAUGGAGGCAGACUUGGCUAUUCUGAAGGACCUCCAGGUGACUCAUUAUCGCUUUUCCAUCUCCUGGACUCGCAUUCUCCCCGAUGGGACCACCAAGUACAUAAAUGAAGCUGGCCUGAAAUACUAUGAAAGGCUUGUGGAUGCUCUUCUUGCAGCCAAUAUCCAGCCUCAGGUAACUAUGUACCACUGGGACCUCCCUCAGGCCCUUCAAGAUGUUGGAGGGUGGGAAAAUGAGACUAUAAUCCAGAAAUUUAAAGAUUACGCAGAGAUCCUUUUCCAAAGAUUUGGAGAGAAGGUGAAAUUCUGGAUAACCUUGAAUGAGCCCUAUGCCAUUGCUAACAUUGGUUACGGUUAUGGAGUCUCAGCUCCAGGCAUCUCUGCCAGACCAGGCCGAGCCCCUUACAUAGUGGGCCACAACUUAAUCAAGGCCCACGCAGAAGUCUGGCAUCUUUACAAUGAAACAUACCGCCCAAAGCAAGGAGGAUUGAUCUCUCUUUCCAUCAGCGUAGAGUGGGCUGAACCCACGAACCCUGCCAAGCAGGAGGACCUCGACGCUGCCAGGAGAUAUGUCCAGUUCUUUGCUGGUUGGUUUGCUCACCCUAUCUUCAGAAACGGUGACUAUAGUGAGGUGAUGAAAAGGAGGAUACAAGAGAGAAGUGCCGGCCAAUCAAGACUCCCUGAAUUUACUGAAAGUGAAAAGCAGAGGAUUAAAGGCACCUUUGACUUCUUUGGUUUGAACCACUAUACUACAGUAUUGGCAUCCAACUUAAACUAUUCUUCUCUCUUUACAUCCUACGAUGCUGAUAGGGGUGUUGCCUCUAUAACAGACCGCAGCUGGCUGGGCUCUGGUUCCUUUUGGUUGAAGGUGACCCCCUUUGGCUUCAGGAGGCUCCUGAAGUGGAUCAAGGAAGAAUACAAUGACCCACCUAUUUAUGUGACCGAGAAUGGGAUUUCAGAGCGUAUAGAUGGGGGAUUCAAUGAUACUUGGAGAAUACACUACUUAAGGAGCUACAUCAAUGAAGCUUUAAAAGGAAUUGUACUUGAUGGUGUUGAUCUGCGAGGCUACACUGUAUGGAGCCUGAUGGAUAAUUUUGAAUGGGCAGUGGGCUUUGCUGAAAGAUUUGGGUUGUAUUACACCAACUUUACAGACCCAAAUCUAUCCAGAAUUCCAAAGGAGUCUUCAAAAUAUUAUUCAUCUAUCAUCCGGUGUAAUGGCUUUCCAGAUCCAGCCACUGGGCCUCAUUUGUGCCUUGAGUCACAAUCUGGAGGUACUACUAUGGCGCCAACAAGCAGCACUACUUGGCCUAUCGACAAUUCAGCCAUGAAGGUGAAGUUUUUGGGACUGGACUUGACUUUGUCUAAUGCAGAAGUAGGCCUUUAUGUGCUCUUUUCCCUAUUCUUAAUGUCUGUGCUAGGCAUUGCUCUUUUUUCAUAUCUAUAUAGAAAAAGGACCAAAAAAGCCAGCCAAAAAAGUUUUUAAAUAUUGCAGCUUGCAUUUAAUUAGUUUAUCAUGCGAUAGUUUUUUCUCCUGCCCAUGUUUAGAACAGACACACAAUUAUUUUAAUCAGUGCUUUUUUUCUAGAAAAAAUAGGUGCCGGUACUCAGCAUGAAGUUGUUACAGUAUGUGCUAUACUUUUUAAACAACACGAAGAGGUGCUGGUACUGCGUACCCUUGAAUACUCCCCGAAAAAAAGCACUGAUUUUAAUACCUAUUGUUGACAUUAAUAUUUUUAUUGCUUGAAUUGUUAUGUGCAGUUCACCCUGGGAAUAAGGGGUGGGGACAAUUUUAAAAUAAAUGAACAAGUUGAUAACAUA